AUGCUACAACUGAGGAGCUCAACUCUCCUGCUCUUGGCAGCAGUGACAUUAGCUUCUGGUUUUUGUGCUCCUCGCUGUGAGACUCCUGAGGGAAAAUGUGACUUUGUGUGCGACUGUGAUGACUGCAGAGAUGAGCACAACUGCGGCUACGGAGGAAAAACGUUUGAGUGUGACUUCGAGGAUGCAGGGAUUUGUGGAUGGACGCUCGAGUCUUCUGGAGAAAUGUACACGUGGGAGAGACUUCAGAGCGGGGACGGGCUGCCCGACAGCGGACCUUCUUCUGAUUACACCACCGGCACAGCUACAGGAUGGUUCGUGGGAGUGAGCGCAGUGAGUUCAGGACGUCCUCAGCGUUCGGUUUUAUCCUCUCCCGAGAUGAAACGAUCCUCGCCGACGUGCCGGCUGCGCCUCAGAUACUUCCUCUGGGAUUCAGGUCACACGGGCCUCGGUUCUGCACCGCUCUGGGCGUCCAUCUCCCACCACAACUCCCAGGAGGCCGUGGUGUGGCGCCCCGAGGCCUCCAGCUCCCGGAGCUGGAGGGAAGCCACCAUCUUUGUGGGCUCCGUUCCCUCGAACUUCAGGCUCCGUCUUCACUCGCAGCGCUCAGAGGGGCGAAGAGGAGACGUAGCCGUCGAUCAGCUGGAGUUCCUGGACUGCGCUCUGCCCUUGCCCCUCCCUGGGAGCGAGUGUCCAGCAGGGAUGGAGGAGUGUCGCCACGGCGGCUGCGUGGACCAGCGUCAGCUCUGCGACGGCAGCGAUGACUGCGGCGAUCGGAGCGACGAGGAGAGCUGCGAUGGGUACCGUUUUUGUGACUUUGAGGAGGACCAGUGCGACUGGGACCUGAGGUCCAUUUCAAAACUCAAGUGGAGAAGAACGAAUCAGGAGAACAUCUCCAGAUCUGAUCCUUUGAAAGGUCCGGGCAGAGAUCACUCCAACAACACGGCGUCAGGUCACUUCCUGUACGUCACUGUCCCUGACGCUGGGCUCUCCAUGGACUGGGCUGCUUUCCAGAGUCCACCUCUGGAACCCACCAACCACACACAUCCAUGCAAGAUGGUGAUGUACACUCACCAGUUUGGGCCGAGGUCCGGGGGUUUGACGGUGCUGGUGUCGGACCGUCAGAUGUACCCGGUGUGGAAAAGAGGCGGAGCUUUGGGGGAUCUCUGGGUGAAGGCGGAGGUGGAGAUCAAAGCAGACUUACCUUUCCAGAUCGUGAUCAUGGCAGCAAUCAGGGACUUUGCAUACGGCGGUAUCGCUGUUGACAGCAUCGUGUUGUCGCCUGGGUGCCGCUUGUCACCCGUAAAUCACUCCCUGGAUGCCUUCCCCAAACCUCCAAAGCACCCAUGCACGGAUGAUCCAAAUAAAAUGUGUGACUUUCAUGCUGACUGUGUGGAGGAAGAGGACGAGGCCAAAUGUGGGGAUUUCUCGUACCCUGAAGGCAGCUCAGGAUGGACAGACUCCAGUAUUGGCAGUCAAGGUUGGGUGCUACAUAAAAAUGCCACAGUCAAAGAGGAGUAUCUAUAUGUAGCUGAGGCUCCAGGCCAGCAGCUGACAGAGGCUCAGACCCGGACCCCCCUCCUGGGCCCCACCGGUCCAGCCUGUAACCUAAACUUUGAUUUUACACUCGCUGGGAGUUCAGAUCAUAUCGGUGAGCUGUCAGUCAGAGUGAUUGACAGCUUGCUGGGAAUAGAACCAAAACUGUGGGAGUUCAGUGGAAAAACGGGAAACGAGGAGGAACGGUGGCGGCACGCUGACGUCCUUAUUGGAGUCAGGAAACAUCGCUUCCAGCUGGCAUUUGAAGCUCGCGCUGUGAAAAUUCAGCCCAAUGCAACAAUCAAAGUGAGGAACGUUCACUUCGUUAGCUGCCAUGCUAAUUAUUAUCCAUCUGUGCCAACAGGGCUGUCGUGUAAUUUUGAAGAUGGAUUGUGUGGAUGGUACCAAGACACCAGUGACAGCUUUGACUGGUCUGUGCUCAGUGGAGUGGACCACACCAUAGGAACUGGCAGAAGCCUAGUUGUGGACAUGUGGAGCCCUUCUCUACGUGGAGCUUUUGGACGUUUGAUAUCAUUUCCACAACGACCAGCUCCUACAGAUUACUGCCUGUCCUUCUUCUAUAAACUCUACGGACCGAACAUGGGUGCUUUAAAUGUGAAGCUGACAGAUACGAAUGGUUAUGAGGUCCUUCUAUGGACUCGCAGCGGAGCUCAUAGCAACACGUGGCACGAAGCUCAGUGCCCAGUACCACACCAGCUCGUAACCUUUCAGCUGGUGUUUGAAGUGGUCCGCUCUGGUUUUGACGGGCGGGUGGCCAUUGAUGACGUGAUGUUUCUGGAACGUCCGUGUACCAUACCAAGAAUGUGCUCCUUUGAAGGCCAACGGUGUGGUUACAGCAGCUCUGGUAAAGUUCACUGGCUCCAUCGCAAUGGAUACACCGCCACGACGACUGGACCCAAAACCGACCACACUCUGGAGACCAAGCUGGGUUACUACAUGAUGGUUGACACCGACAAAGCCAUACUUCCCGCCGGCGCCACCUCUGUCCUCACCUCCCUCGUUCAACCGGGAAGCACCAGAACGGAGUGCGUGUAUUUCUGGUACCAUAUGGGAGGAGGAAACCCUGGUUACCUUACGGUGUACGUGAAGCCAGAGAAAGGAGAGAGGGUGAAGAUCUUCUCUGAGAAUCUGAAUCAAGGAGACAUCUGGCACCUUGGCAACGGCAACAUCACGAGUGGCCUUGCUAGCUGGCAGUUGGAGUUUGAGGUGGUCGGAGCCGGAGGUGCACGCACUCACAUCGCGGUCGACGACGUCUAUUUCUCAGCUCACCCGUGUGAAGAUCAAGGCUCCAAGUGCAACCUGGAGAACGGAAUGUGCAGCUGGAGCAACACUCAGAACAACCAGUUGGACAAACUGGACUGGGAGCUGACGAGUCACGAGGCAGACCAGCACUACUCCACCCCCACCGAAGACCACACCCUGGGCACAGAGAAAGGUCAUUUCCUCUUCCUGUCGAGCAGCAACAGGACAGCAGCCAAUCAGAACGCGUGGCUGCUGAGCCCUCACCUGCCCCCGGCUAAGGUCACCUGUGUCAGGUUCUGGGCCUACAAAUCCCACUCCUCGGACUGCGAGCUGAGGGUCUGGAGAGUUCAUAAGAACCUUCUCCAUCAGCUGCUGAAGCUGGAUGAACUGGGAGGACGGUGGAGGCGCUUCGACGCGAACGUCACGUCGUCCGAGGAGUACCAGAUCGUGUUCGAAGGGAUCAAAGGAACUUCGGGCGUUGUUGCUCUGGACGACAUCGAGUACUUUAUUGGGAGACACUGCAGCGAAACGGACACAGCCUCGAACAAGCGGUACAACGCGGGAGGAGCCGCGGCAGCUGUGAUCGUGGUCCUGCUGCUGAUCGGCCUGCUGAUCGGCCUGCUCGUGCUCUACCUGAGAACCCCACAAAGAGCCGAAGCUACAAACGACUCCUCGUCUUCCUCGGCUGUCGGCGGCUUCAGUAACCAGGCGUAUGAAUCGGAGCACACUGUUCCUGACGAGGUCCGAGAGCAGGAGGUGGCCUGAAAUCUGAGCCGACCUCCGACCUGACGGUGGUUUUGUGAAAAUCGGGGCGACAUCGCAGCAGGACUGCUCGUCACCAUGACAACACACACGCUGCGA